UGCCCCGACCACUUCCGCUCCCGGCGGCCCUGACACCGGAAGCAGAAGUGCGCAGCAGCGGCGGAUGGUGGCUGCAGUACGGGGCCGCACGGCGCGCUGCGGUGGGAGUGUCUCCGGCCGUUCUGCAGGAAGGACACCUACUGAAACUUUAAACCCUGGCGCUGGUGUCAUGGAAUCAGUCACCUUGGAGGAUGUGGCAGUGGGGCUCAUCCAGGAGUGGGCGUUGCUGGAUGACGCUCGGAGGAAUCUGUGCAGAUACGCGUUGCUGGACAACUGCAGGACCCUGGCCCCCCGGGCAGGGACUCAAUCCUGCAAAACCUGUCUGGUCUCCCAGGUGGGGCCAAGAGAAGAGCUGAUGACAGCAGAACGAGGCAUUCUCUGUGCCACGGGUGUGGACUGGGAAUCUCAACUUAAACCCAAAGAGUCUACUCCUCUGCAGGAUAUUUUGGAGGAAAAUUCAUCCCAUGAUUUGCAAAUGGGGCUGGGACUGGACCUGAGGAUGCAGAUCAAGCCCAUGAUGGGAGAGAGGGGGACACCUCUGACUCCAGGGGACCGGUCAGCUCUCCAGGAGUCACCUUGGUCUUCUGAGGACACAGGGCUGAAGGUGGCUGUGCAGAUUCAGAGGGUGGCCACGCCAGAGCCUACGCUGCGCCUCCUCAACCUGUUGGGGGCUGGGGAUUCUGCAGUGCCUGCUCAGGACCCCACCUGGCUCCGGGAGGAGAGCACAGAGGAAGAAGCCGUGGCUCCUGGGACACUGAACACUUGUCUGCAGGAACCAGUCACCUUUGCGGAUGUGGCCGUGCUGUUCACACCGGAAGAAUGGCUGUUUCUAGACUCUGCUCAGAGAAGCCUGUACAGAGACGUGAUGCUGGAGAACUAUAGGAACCUGACCUCUGUGGGAGAUCAACUCUGCAAAGCCAGUACAUUUUCCCAUUUGGAGCAAAGAGAAGAGCUGUGUGUCACUGAGAGAGGGAUCUUCCCAGGAACCCACUUAGAACCUCAACUUCAACCACAAGACUCAAUUCCUAACCAAGAUAUUUUUGCAGAGAUUUCAUCCAUUGGCACAAAAAGGGAGCGACCUCAGACUGGAGAAAAACUCUAUAAAUGCAAUGUACUAGGGAAACCUAUUAACAGCAUCAAACCACUUUUUCAGUACCAGAGAAUUCCUGCAGGAGGGAACCCUUGUGAAUGCCGAGAGAGUGGAAAACCCUUCUUCCAGACUGCUCACCUAAUCGUGUCUGAGAAAAUCCAUAGCGGGGAUAAAACCUAUGCAUGUAACAAAUGUGAAAAAUCGUUCAGAUACAGCUCCGAUCUCAUCAGGCACGAGAAGACUCACACUGCGGAGAAGUGCUUCGAGUGUCAGGAGUGCAGGCAGGCCUUCAAGUAUUCCUCAAAUCUGCGGCGGCACAUGAGAACUCACACUGAAGAGAAACCCUUCGAGUGCAGUCAGUGUGGGAAAACCUUCACGAGGAACUUUAACCUGAUCUUGCACCAGAGAAACCACACGGGCGAGAAGCCCUACGAAUGUAAGGACUGUGGGAAAGCUUUCAACCAGCCGUCCUCUCUGAGGAGCCACGUGAGAACUCACACCGGAGAGAAGCCUUUUGAAUGUGGCCAGUGCGGGAAAGCCUUCAGGGAACACUCAUCACUGAAGACACACCUGCGGACCCACACCAGAGAGAAACCGUACGAAUGUAACCAGUGUGGGAAGCCCUUCCGGACGAGCACUCACCUGAACGUACAUAAGAGGAUCCACACAGGGGAGAAGCUUUAUGAGUGCGCCACCUGCGGGCAGGUCUUGAGUCGUCUCUCGACCCUUAAGAGUCACAUGCGGACCCACACGGGAGAGAAGCCCUACGUGUGUCAGGAGUGUGGGCGAGCCUUCAGUGAGCCCUCAUCCCUCAGGAAACACUUGAGGACCCACACCGGCAAGAAGCCCUACGCAUGUCAGGAGUGUGGGCGAGCCUUCGGCCAGUCUUCACACCUUAUCGUACAUGUGAGAACCCACACUGCAGGGAGACCCUACGAAUGUAAUCAGUGUGAGAAAGCCUUCAGGCACAGCUCUUCACUUACCGUGCAUAAAAGGACUCAUGCCAGGAGAGAAAACGUCAGGACUGGCGGCCUGCCUUUAUCAGUGUCUCUUGCAUACGGUGGGCCCCAUGCUGAUUAACUUCCAAUUUGUAAAAACAUAAACAUCCAAGGCUGUGAUCAUCUCUCAUAGUACUCGUUAAGCGACAUCCCAUGUUUUGAUGUAUAAUAUUUUCAUUUCAGUUUAAUUCUCCAUAUUGUCUUAGUUUCUUUUACCACUUUUUCUUUGACACACGAGUUAAAUGGAAUUAGGUUUUUAAAUAAAAGUACAUGGGUAUAUUUUUAUAGAGGCA